AUGGAGCCCUGCGCAGCGCUGCCCCGGGCCCUCCUGCUCCUCCUGUUCUUGCACCUGUCGCCACUCGGAGGCCGCCCCCACCCGCUGGGCGGCCGCAGCCCCGCCUCGGAAGCCUCAGAAGCCUCGGGACUGUGGGCCUUGCAGGAGCUGCUGGGCCGUCUGAAGGACACAGUUUCAGAGCUGCAGGCAGAGCAGUUGGCCCUGGAACCCCUGCACCGGAGCCACAGCCCCACAGAAGCCCCGGAGGCCGGGGAGGAACGCCCCGUGGGGGUCCUUGCACCCCGUGACAAUGUCCUCCAGGCCCUGAGAAGACUACGCAGCCCCAAGAUGAUGCACAAGUCAGGGUGCUUUGGCCGGAGGCUGGACCGGAUCGGCUCCCUCAGUGGCCUGGGCUGCAACGUGCUGAGAAAGUAUUAA